CACAAGCUCUCCAUGACACUAGUAACUUUCAUGUUGCUUAGCCAUUUCUAAUAUUCCGUACCUCUCUCCCUCUCUCUGCAGUUUAAUCUACGUGCUUCCAUGGAAGGACUAGAACUUCGCUCCAUUCAGAUUUCCGAUCAGAGCCCACUUCCAGAGAAGGAUCAGCAAUCCAACUCAAGUCCAAAAGACACUGUUUCCUUCUUCGGCCUAUUUGCAGCUGCUGAUACAUUGGACUGUUUUUUUAUGUUCUUUGGUAGCAUUGGGGCUUGCAUCCAUGGUGCUGCACUUCCUGUGUUCUUUGUUUUGUUUGGCCGAAUGAUUGAUUCUUUGGGACGCCUAUCUUCAGAUCCAGAUAAACUUUCCUCUCAAGUUUCCAGGCAUGCUCUAUACUUGGUCUAUCUUGGACUUGGGGUUUUAGCAUCAGCAUGGAUCGGUGUUGCAUUUUGGAUGCAAACAGGGGAAAGGCAGACGGCCCGUUUGCGACUCAAGUAUCUUCAGUCAGUCUUAAGACAGGAUAUUAAUUUCUUUGACACUGAGGCCAGGGAUAAAAAUAUCACUUUCCACAUUUCAAAUGAUGCAAUUCUGUUGCAGGAUGCAAUUGGUGACAAGAUAGGCCAUGGUUUACGUUACCUUUCUCAAUUCUUUGUUGGAUUUGCAAUAGGAUUCACAUCAGUAUGGCAGCUUACACUUCUCACCGUGGCUGUUGUUCCAUUGAUGGCUAUUGCUGGAGGAGCCUAUACAGUAAUCAUGACCACCUUGUCAGAAAAAGGUGAGGCUGCCUAUGCUGAAGCUGGGAAGGUUGCAGAAGAGGCUAUUUCACAGGUUCGUACUGUAUACUCAUUUGUGGGAGAGGAUAGAGCAGUUGAAACAUAUUCAAGGUCACUUCAAAAGGCCCUUAAACUGGGGAAAAAGAGUGGGUUUGCAAAGGGAAUUGGUAUUGGCUUUACAUAUGGGCUUUUGUUUUGUGCUUGGGCAUUACUUCUCUGGUAUGCCAGCAAACUAGUCAGGCAUGGGGACACAAAUGGGGGGAAAGCAUUCACUACAAUUCUCAACGUCAUAUUCAGUGGAUUUGCUCUUGGUCAAGCUGCCCCUAAUCUUGCUGCCAUUGCCAAAGGCCGGGCUGCUGCAGCCAAUAUAGUAAACAUGAUUGAAACAGAUUCUACUGCUUCUAAAAGGUUAGAUAAUGGAAUAAUGUUGCCAAAAGUAGCUGGACAGCUUGAAUUUUGUGAGGUCUGUUUUGCUUAUCCCUCACGACCUAGUAUGGUCUUCGAAAAUUUGAGCUUUUCUAUUUAUGCUGGGAAGACCUUUGCUGUUGUUGGGCCAAGUGGUUCAGGAAAGAGCACCAUUAUUUCCAUGGUUCAACGUUUCUAUGAGCCCACUUCAGGUAAAAUACUGUUGGAUGGACAUGAUAUUAAGAAUCUCCGAUUAAAAUGGCUGAGAGCACAGAUGGGGUUGGUUAGUCAAGAACCUGCAUUGUUUGCCACGACUAUAGCUGGGAACAUUCUGUAUGGAAAAGAAGAUGCUGAUAUGGAUCAGGUCAUAGAAGCUGCCAAAGCUGCAAAUGCACAUUCUUUUGUUCAAGGCUUACCUGAUGGUUAUCAAACUCAGGUAGGAGAGGGAGGAACUCAGCUUUCUGGAGGGCAGAAACAGAGAAUUGCAAUUGCAAGAGCAGUGCUGAGGAACCCAAAGAUACUGCUGUUAGAUGAGGCCACUAGUGCUCUUGAUGCAGAAUCGGAACUCAUUGUUCAGAAGGCACUAGAUAAAAUCAUGUUGAAUCGAACAACAAUCGUUGUUGCACACAGAUUAUCCACAAUUCGAGACGUUAAUAAAAUCAUUGUUUUGAAGAAUGGUCAGGUUGUUGAAAGUGGGACUCAUUUGGAAUUGAUUUCCCAGGGAGGGGAGUAUGCAACUUUAGUGAGCUUACAAGUAUCAGAACAUGGUAAAAGUCCAAGUACAAAGGUUUGUCAAGACACUUCUGGGAUUUCUAAAAGUUUUCCAGAAUCCCCCAACAGUCAGAACCACCAACAGGAGGUUAAGUCAAUUACCAAAGGAGAGCUACAGCCAUAUGAUCAGAACAUGGCCUCAUCCAGCUCUCCUCCAAUUCCAUCACUUUGGCAACUAGUUAAACUAAACGCACCAGAGUGGCCCUUUGCUGUGCUUGGAUCAGUGGGCGCAAUUCUGGCUGGGAUGGAAGCUCCUCUGUUUGCCCUGGGGAUCACACAUGUCUUGACUGCAUUCUAUUCUGGCAAAGAUUUCCAGAUUAAGCGAGAGGUUGACCACAUUUCUCUCAUAUUUGUUGGAGCGGCCAUUCUUACUAUUUUCAUAUAUCUAUUGCAACACUAUUUCUAUACAUUGAUGGGCGAGCGUCUCACCACUCGCAUUCGGUUAUUAAUGUUCUCAGCAAUCCUUUCCAAUGAGAUAGGCUGGUUUGAUUUGGAUGAGAACAGUACUGGCUCUUUGACAUCAAAAUUAGCAGCAGAUGCGACAUUAGUAAGAAGCGCACUUGCCGACCGCCUCUCAACCAUUGUGCAGAAUGUUGCACUCACUGUGACAGCAUUUGUUAUUGCCUUCACAUUAAGUUGGCGUAUAGCAUCUGUUAUCAUUGCCUCCUUCCCUCUUCUAAUUGGAGCUUCCAUAACUGAGCAACUAUUUCUGAAGGGUUUUGGAGGAGACUACACACGGGCCUACGCUCAAGCAACUGCUGUGGCACGAGAAGCAAUUGCCAAUAUUCGUACCGUUGCUGCAUUUGGUGCUGAAGACCGAAUCUCACUCCAGUUUGCUUCUGAACUGAACCAACCAAACAAACAAGCACUUUUACGUGGCCAUAUAUCAGGUUUUGGAUAUGGUGUAUCACAGCUCUUUGCAUUCUGUUCCUAUGCACUUGGCCUUUGGUAUGCAUCAGUUCUUAUCAAACACAAUGACUCGAACUUUGGAGACAUCAUCAAGUCCUUCAUGGUUUUGAUAAUCACCGCAUUUUCAGUAGCAGAGACACUUGCUCUAACACCUGACAUUGUAAAGGGAUCACAAGCACUUGGAUCAGUCUUCAGUAUUCUCCAAAGAAAAACAGCCAUUAACCGUGACAAUCCUACAUCUUCAGUGGUAACUGAUAUCCAGGGAGACAUAGAGUUCAGGAAUGUGAGUUUCAGAUACCCCGCAAGGCCUGAUCUCAUCAUCUUCAAGGACUUAAAUUUGAAAAUCUCAGCAGGAAAGAGUCUUGCAAUAGUGGGCCAAAGUGGGUCAGGGAAGAGUACUGUGAUCUCACUGGUUAUGAGAUUUUACGACCCAACUUCAGGGGCAGUCAUGAUUGAUGGAUUUGAUAUCAAAGGCUUAAACUUAAGAUCGUUGAGGAUGAAAAUAGGUUUAGUUCAGCAAGAACCAGCAUUGUUCUCUACCACAAUUUACGAGAACAUCAGGUAUGGGAAUGAAGAGGCAUCGGAAAUUGAGAUAAUGAAAGCAGCCAGGGCAGCAAAUGCUCACAGCUUCAUCAGCAGAAUGCCUGAAGGGUACCAAACUCAAGUGGGUGACAGAGGAGUUCAGUUAUCAGGGGGACAGAAGCAGAGGGUGGCCAUAGCUAGAGCAAUAUUGAAAGACCCAUCCAUUCUCCUUUUAGAUGAAGCAACAAGUGCCCUGGACACAGCAUCCGAAAAGCUGGUUCAAGAGGCUCUUGAUACACUAAUGGAAGGCCGAACAACAAUUUUGAUAGCACACAGGUUGUCAACUAUACACAAUGCAGACAGCAUUGCGGUACUGCAACAUGGUAAGGUAGUUGAAACCGGAGACCACCGGCAGCUCAUCACCCGGCCUGGCAGCAUCUAUAAGCAGUUAGUUAGCCUACAACAGGAAAAAGGUGAAGUUCCCAAUUGAUCAUUUUGUACAAUAUGGAGAAUCAUACACCAAGGAUUUGAAGCCUAACAUGAUGCUUUGCUGCCGAUUACUGAGGACAAGCAUAAAGAUUACCUCAGAUAUUUAUAUAUAUAGAAAAACGCAUAUAUAUUCUCUAACAAUGAAGUUUGCUUAAGCUGUUAUAGAAAGCGAGACAUUCACUUCUUA